AUGAGCCAGAACAAGAUUUCCAUCUCGGAAAUAAAAUCUCACAACCAAAGUGAUGACUGCUGGAUAGUGGUUGACGGCCAAGUAUGGGACAUCACAAGUUUUGCUCCUGAGCAUCCUGGUGGACCAGGCAUAAUCUACAAGUAUGCCGGCAGAGAUGCUACAGCGGCAUACAAUGAGAUACAUGCCCCAUCUAUAAUCAAGAAUGGACUGUCUGCUUCCGCAAACAAGGGCGUCGUCGACCAGUCAACAGUCACGAAAGAAUGGUCGGAACCAUUACCAGAUGAGACGCCGAAGGCUGCACCAAAAUCGUCCUCCGAAAAACCACCUCUAGACAGCAUAAUCAAUGCUCAUGACUUUGAGAUACAGGCUCGCAAUACAUCAACUGCAAAGACAUGGGCAUUUUAUUCUUCGGCUUCGAACGACCUGGUCACGCGCGACUUGAACGCAUCUCUAUAUUCACGAAUCCUAUUUCGACCGAGAACGAUGCGGAGAGUGGCAACUAUUGACACACGGACUACUCUCCUUGGUAAAUCAGUCAGUUUCCCCCUGUUUGUGUCUCCUGCAGCUAUGGCACGUUUGAUACAUCCUGAUGGCGAACUCGCCAUCGCAAGAGCUUGCAAGACUCGCAAAAUCAUCCAAUCGAUCUCGAACAACGCCUCAUAUUCAGCAGCGGAUAUCGUGUCUCAACCGGAAGUAUCGGAUCAUCCCUUCAUAUUUCAACUAUACGUGGACAAGCGAAAGGAGAAGACCAACGCUCUUCUAGCGAAGAUCAAAUCACACAAGAAUGUUUCAGCUGUUAUGGUCACGGUCGAUGCAGCAGCACCUGGUAAACGUGAAGCCGAUGAGCGAGUCAAGGCAGACGAGAGCAUUGAAAAUCCUAUGCAGAAGAACAAGCCAAAGAAUGACAAGAAGGGUGGUGGCUACGGACGACUCAUGGCUGGCUUCAUCGAUCCGGACCUGAAUUGGGACUACAUAAGCUGGCUAAGGAGCGAGAUUGGCUAUGACAUGCCUAUGCUUACCAAGGGUGUCAUGAGCGCAGACGACGUCAAGAUGGCUCUAGACAUUGGUCUAGAUGGUUGUGUACUUAGCAAUCACGGUGGACGAAAUCUCGACACUAGCCCACCUGCCAUCCUGGUGUUGCUGGAAAUUCAUGCACGCUUCCCAGAAAUUAUCCGAGACCAUCACCCGAAUUCAGCAAGUGUCAAAGCUGGAUUGACUAGGCCUUUCUCAAUACUAGUUGAUGGUGGCGUGAGGAGAGGUACAGAUGUUCUCAAAUGCGUCUGCUUGGGAGCUGUCAGUGUCGGUCUUGGUCGGCCAGUACUUUUUGCGACUGGUUAUGGUCAAGAAGGUGUUGAGCACCUGAUUGACAUCAUUAGGGAUGAGUUCGAGGUUGCGAUGAGGAAUUGCGGAUUGACGAGGAUCGAAGAUUGCGGUCCUGAGUAUGUCAAUUCGGGCGAUAUCGAUCAUUUGGUGAGCAAGAGCAGGGGACAUCCAUAUGCAGUCGGUUGGAAGGCGCAAAUGGCUUUACAGAGCAAGUUGUGA